CGCGGCCCGCUCCGCCCGCCAGCCCCGGCUCGGCCCCGGUCGCCCGCGCAGCCCGCCGCCGCCGCCGCCGCGGGCAGAUCCAGCGCUCCGGCUCGGCUCGGCUCGGCUCGGGUGCGCGCCGCGGCCAUGCAGCGCCGGGGCGCCCUGUUCGGCAUGCCGGGCGGCAGCGGCAGCAGGAAGAUGGCUGCGGGAGACAUCGGCGAGCUGCUGGUGCCCCACAUGCCCACGAUCCGCGUGCCCAGGUCGGGGGACAGGGUGUACAAGAACGAGUGCGCCUUCUCGUACGACUCCCCCAAUUCUGAAGGUGGACUCUAUGUAUGCAUGAAUACAUUUUUGGCCUUUGGAAGGGAACAUGUUGAAAGACAUUUUCGAAAAACUGGACAGAGUGUGUACAUGCACCUGAAAAGACAUGUGCGAGAGAAGGUAAGAGGGGCAUCUGGUGGAGCUUUACCAAAAAGGAGGAAUUCCAAGAUUUUUUUAGAUCUAGAUACUGAUGACGAUUUAAAUAGCGACGAUUAUGAAUAUGAAGAUGAAGCCAAACUUGUUAUAUUCCCAGACCACUAUGAAAUAGCACUACCAAAUAUUGAGGAGUUACCAGCCCUGGUAACAAUUGCUUGUGAUGCAGUUCUCAGCUCAAAAUCUCCAUAUAGAAAGCAGGACCCAGACACAUGGGAAAAUGAAUUGCCAGUAUCCAAAUAUGCCAAUAACCUUACCCAGUUGGACAAUGGAGUCAGGAUUCCUCCAAGUGGUUGGAAGUGUGCCAGGUGUGACCUUCGGGAAAACCUCUGGUUGAAUCUGACCGAUGGCUCCGUGCUGUGUGGGAAAUGGUUCUUCGACAGCUCCGGGGGCAAUGGCCAUGCACUGGAGCAUUACAGAGACAUGGGCUACCCUCUGGCUGUGAAACUGGGAACCAUCACUCCUGACGGGGCAGAUGUUUAUUCUUUUCAAGAAGAGGAACCUGUUUUGGAUCCUCAUUUGGCCAAGCACUUAGCGCAUUUUGGAAUUGAUAUGCUUCAUAUGCACGGGACAGAGAAUGGGCUUCGAGACAAUGACAUCAAGCCGCGUGUCAGCGAGUGGGAAGUGAUCCAGGAGACGGGGACGAAGCUGAAGCCCAUGUAUGGCCCCGGGUACACGGGUCUCAAGAACCUGGGCAACAGCUGCUAUCUCAGUUCGGUCAUGCAGGCCAUCUUCAGCAUCCCAGAAUUCCAGAGAGCGUAUGUGGGAAAUCUUCCAAGAAUAUUUGACUACUCUCCUUUAGAUCCAACACAGGAUUUCAACACACAGAUGACUAAGUUAGGACACGGCCUUCUCUCAGGCCAGUAUUCAAAGCCUCCAGUGAAAUCUGAACUCAUUGAACAGGUGAUGAAGGAAGAACACAAGCCUCAACAGAAUGGGAUCUCUCCACGCAUGUUUAAGGCCUUCGUAAGCAAGAGCCACCCGGAAUUCUCCUCUAAUAGACAGCAGGAUGCCCAGGAGUUCUUCUUGCAUCUGGUGAAUCUAGUAGAGAGGAACCGCAUUGGCUCAGAAAACCCAAGUGACGUUUUUCGGUUUUUGGUGGAAGAACGUAUUCAGUGCUGUCAGACCCGGAAAGUCCGCUACACGGAGAGGGUGGAUUACCUGAUGCAGUUACCUGUGGCCAUGGAGGCAGCAACCAACAAGGAUGAACUGAUUGCCUAUGAAUUAACGAGAAGGGAAGCAGAAGCAAACAGAAGACCCCUUCCUGAGUUGGUUCGCGCCAAGAUACCAUUUAGUGCCUGCCUUCAGGCCUUUUCUGAACCAGAAAAUGUCGAUGACUUCUGGAGCAGCGCCCUACAAGCAAAGUCUGCAGGUGUUAAAACAUCUCGCUUUGCCUCAUUCCCUGAAUACUUGGUAGUGCAGAUAAAGAAGUUCACUUUUGGUCUUGACUGGGUUCCCAAAAAAUUUGAUGUUUCUAUUGACAUGCCAGACCUACUUGAUAUCAACCAUCUCCGAGCCAGGGGGUUACAACCAGGAGAGGAGGAACUUCCGGACAUCAGCCCCCCUAUCGUCAUUCCUGAUGACUCAAAAGAUCGCCUGAUGAACCAACUGAUAGACCCCUCAGACAUUGAUGAGUCAUCAGUGAUGCAGCUGGCCGAGAUGGGUUUCCCUCUAGAAGCGUGUCGGAAGGCUGUGUACUUUACUGGAAAUAUGGGAGCUGAAGUGGCCUUCAACUGGAUCAUUGUUCACAUGGAAGAGCCAGAUUUUGCCGAACCACUGACCAUGCCUGGUUAUGGAGGAGCGGCUUCUGCUGGGGCCUCUGUUUUUGGUGCUACUGGAUUGGAUAACCAACCUCCGGAGGAAAUUGUAGCUAUCAUUACUUCCAUGGGAUUCCAUCGGAAUCAGGCUAUUCAGGCGCUACGAGCCACGAAUAAUAACCUGGAAAGAGCCCUGGAUUGGAUCUUUAGUCACCCUGAGUUUGAGGAGGACAGUGACUUUGUGAUCGAGAUGGAGAAUAACGCCAAUGCAAACAUUAUUUCUGAGGCCAAGCCUGAAGGACCUAGAGUCAAGGAUGGAUCUGGAAUGUAUGAAUUAUUUGCGUUCAUCAGUCACAUGGGAACAUCUACAAUGAGUGGCCAUUAUGUUUGCCAUAUUAAAAAGGAAGGAAGAUGGGUGAUCUACAAUGACCACAGGGUGUGUGCCUCAGAAAGGCCCCCUAAGGACCUGGGCUACAUGUACUUUUACCACAGGGUACCACGCUGAGCCUCAGAUGUGCCAGUUGGCCAGAAGAAGCCACACGCCUUUUUAAUUUGCCAAAAAAAAAAAAAAAAAAAAAAAAAAAAAAAGCAGAAGUUGGGACAGCCAGACAUGAAAUGAAGGAAUACAUGGGGGUAUUUAUAGUUUAUUUAAAGAACAUCAUUUGACGCCUUCUGAAAUAGAACUGGGAAGGAAUUUCUAUUAGUGAUGAUACACUACUGUAGAUAGUUUUUCUUUUUAUAAAUGUUCAAGGAGAGGAUGAUUAAAAAAAAAAAAGUAUUUAUACUGCUGGUGGGGGAUCUGCCAGUGUCACACCAAAAAUGGGAAUGUGCCAUCAGCCCUCUGUUAUGCUUUGGGGGCCCAUGGUGUGGCCUCACCCCCAAAUAAAUGAGAAGCCCAUUUUUGUUUCAUAUCAAAAAUCAGUAAUGGGAUGGGCUUUAUUUGUGACAUAGUUUUUUCAUUACACACAAUUUCUGACCUGUCCAUGUAUAGAAGAUAAGAGCAUCUGCAAUGAAAGGUAUUUUUAAUUUAAUCGUAUCAAAAUUCAUAAUGUGAUUGUGUGAAUGUGUGAGGGUGAGACUGUUAUCGUCAACCAGGAAAUCUAUGACAGGCUAGUUUUUAAAGGUUAAAGCAGUUGGUCUUAAGCAUAGCUGAGAAAAGCAAGUAACUAUUUUAAAGAAACUAUAACUCAGGAUUAGUUUUAAAAAUUGGUUCCCCACUUAGAUUUUCAGGAGUAAAAAGGGCUGAGUUGUCCCUUUAAAAAAGUGUUGUCAAGAAUCCACCUGGGUUUGUGACAUUUUGUGGGAGAAUGCCGGAUGCCCACAGCAGCACAACAUUGUUCUUUGCCAAAUAAAAGUAGAUGAAUUCUGGUUCUCAGCAGCCCUUCUCCCUAAGGCAUAGUAUGUAUUUUUAGUUAAAAUAGCUAAUCUUACCAUAACACGUAACAACUCCCUGGAAUCCCACUAAGUGCCCCAAAUUUGUCUGUAAUUUUCUUGUCCCUGAGCUCUUUGCCUGCCUCCAUUUUUACAUUUUUCUGGGGCUAGAGUCUCCUCUUGGCCCUUUCUGGGCUAAUCACCUCCUGACUUGCCUUUGCUGCUUGUUUGCUGUGACCAGCAGUGUGAUCUUGGGCACCUUCAGGGCUUCAGAUGCAAGGAAGCUUUAUAUGACAUUGUGAAAAACCAUCAUUUCCAUUUUGGUGUUUUAGUAUUUUUGUUGCAACCUGGGAUUAGAUCAGGGUUUCAAAUGUGAUGAAAAAGUACAACAAGAGUGGUGUAUAAUCUUCCUGCAGCUCUGUACCGAAUUCUAGAGUCUCUGGAGUUUCUAUUUCAGAUUAUCCAGUCAAAUGAAGAAGGAUCUACUGCAGUCUGCCUAACGUGCAUUUGAUUGGUAGAAAGGAUCUGUCUAGAAACUGUAGGAAAAUAAAGUAGAACCAGUUGGGUAAAAUACCACAUGGACAAGUGGAUUGCAACACGGUGAGUUGUGAGCAGUCAGGAUUCUGGUUAAGAUCGGGGCUCCUUUUACAGGAGAUUAGCUACGCUGUAUGUCUGAGGAGCACUGAGCCCGAGGCUGGGAGCCUGGAGACUUGGGUGCUGCCCCUAGCUGGGCAAGACCCUCAUCCUCCCUGUGCCUCAGCUUCCUUAUCUGCACAAUACCA